CAGGAUUGUAUUGAUGAUGGUCGUGCUACGGAUGGCUCUUUUCGAUUCAAUAAACGUUUCCGAACAUGCGAUAUGCGUGAUUAUGCAGUCCACGAUGAUGGAACCACUCAGUUUGUUGUUGCCACUGGUCACUCCCGUGAGAAGUCGCUUCUGGAUGCUAGCAUAUCCAAAGCUAUUAUUUAUGGGAAGUUGUUUCAAAAAACGUCGAAGAAAAUCCGAGGAAACGUUAAGGAGCGUCGCGAGCAAUUUACCAUCACCGUCAGUGGUAUGUAUAUUUAGUCUUAAAUCAUUUUGUGAAAAUUAUGACAUGGUGAACCAAGAUUCUUGCGAAAAGAAGAAUUUUUUGCAAAAAAAUUGGCGCUGGAGGGACAGUUGCAGUACUUUCCUAAGCUCACAGAGGAAAAUUCUCAGAGAUAACGAUGCUUAA